UCUGAGGUCAUUUUGCCUGCCGCUGGUCGAGUGUGUGUGAAUGUGUGAGCAUCAGCAGUCUGCAGCAUGAUGGCAGACUGCACAGUAUCUCCUGUAGCAAUGGAGGAGAGUGAGCAAUGGAAACCAGUUGACGACUGUCACAUUGGUGUGCAGUCUGAUGACCAGGACUUCAUUCCAGUAUCUUCUAUACCCAAGAAGCUUGAGGAAGAGCAGAACUCAAGCCACACCAAGGAAGAUUCAGAGGACUCUGAACUGGAGAAUAUCAUGGGGCACCACUCUGUCAGUGUGGGGCACCUAUUUGCCCCUUGUGAGGCUGAAGGUCAUGACAGUCCCCACACAGAGGGAACGCCAGCAUUUUUAAGUCUUCCUACUCCAUGCAGAGCCCAGGGGGAAGUUGAGUUUGACCCAAAGCACAACAUUCAGGCUGGAUGUGUGGAUCUGCCUCCUCUUUUCAGCCCAUCACCCAUCAGCCCUUCCAGGCCCAAGAGUCCAUGGGGUCGCUUUGACCCUUAUGACACAGCUGAGGACCUGGAUAAAGAGUAUGUGGGCUUUGCAACCUUGCCAAAUCAAGUUCACCGCAAAUCUGUAAAAAAGGGUUUUGACUUCACUCUAAUGGUAGCAGGGGAGUCUGGAUUGGGAAAGUCCACCCUGGUAAACAGCCUCUUCCUUACAGAUCUCUACAAAGACAGAAAACUUCUCAAUGCUGAAGAGCGAAUCACCCAGACAGUGGAGAUCACCAAGCACACAGUGGACAUCGAGGAGAAAGGCGUCAAACUCAAGCUCACCAUCGUGGACACACCAGGCUUUGGGGAUGCAGUGAACAACACCGAGUGCUGGAAGUCAGUUGCAGAUUACAUCGACCAGCAGUUUGAGCAGUACUUCAGAGACGAGAGUGGACUGAACCGCAAAAACAUUCAGGACAACCGCGUACACUGCUGUAUUUACUUUAUAUCGCCAUUUGGUCAUGGUCUCAGGCCUUUGGACGUAGAGUUCAUGAAAGCUCUACAUGAAAAGGUCAACAUUGUGCCGGUCUUGGCCAAGGCAGACACUCUCACCCCCAGUGAGGUCAAGAAAAAGAAAAUUAAGAUUCGAGAGGAGAUCGAACAAUUCGGCAUCAAAAUCUACCAGUUUCCUGACUGUGAUUCAGAUGAGGAUGAAGAGUUCAAACAACAAGAUCAGGAAUUGAAGGAUAGCAUUCCAUUUGCUGUGAUCGGCAGUAACACGGUCGUUGAGGCGAAAGGAAAGAGAGUACGGGGUCGACUUUACCCUUGGGGGAUUGUAGAGGUGGAGAACACUGCACACUGUGAUUUUAUAAAACUAAGGAACAUGCUGGUGCGCACACACAUGCAGGACCUGAAGGAUGUGACGCGGGAAACUCACUACGAGAACUACAGAGCUCAGUGCAUCCAAAGCAUGACACGCAUGGUGGUGAAAGAGCGCAACCGCAACAAACUCACUAGAGAGAGUGGCACGGACUUCCCCAUUCCCACAGCUACCAACGUAUCAGACACCGAGACAGAAAAGUUGAUCCGAGAGAAAGAUGAAGAGCUGCGGCGGAUGCAGGAAAUGCUACAGAAGAUCCAGGAGCAGAUGCACACCCAGAAGGAAGCGUAUUAACCCCUGCAUGUGCCGUCCACCUUUGCCACGGUGCCACUUUACUGCCUGACCUUCAUGCCUAGGACCUUGCCAUGUGAUCAGACCCCCAUUUCUGCUCAGUGAUGCUCCAGAUAAUAGUGCACAAAGCAUGCUCUGUGUCCAGGUCCACUUUGUCUCCAUAAGUGUGAGUCUAGUGGCUUUGGAGUUCCACUAGUUGUCAUUAAGUGCUGUGCAAAAAAAAAAAAAAAAGGUUCUGUCUGGAGUUCACUAGCAUCAAAGCUGAAAUAGACACAAAGGAUUUAAGAGAAAAACAAACACUUGUAGUUUGUGAAAUUGCUUUGUAGGAUCAAAAGAACAUAUUUUUUGCUUCAGACGUAUAAAAAAAAACGUGCAUUCUUUGCAGUGUCAUGUUUUAAAAUAUCAACGUCUAUGUGUUGCUGUUACAGACACAACAUUAACUGAACUGAAGAACCAAAUGAAACCAGAUGGAAAAAAAAAAAUGUUAAUUUGAUUGUUUGGGGAUUUCGUAUAGUUUAUAAAACAUUUGAUUUCUUAGUGCUACAACAAAAUUGAAUUGCUUUCACUCUCAGUAAUAAAUGUCCUGACCGAUUCUUUUCCUCUUUUCCGUCUUGCCACCGUGAAGCCAUCGAGGUGACAUCCUGUUGUCCUGUAAAGUGUGUGUUACCUGGGAAACUGCAUGUAUUACACCUUUAACUAGUUAUUAGUUUACAAAGGACAUUUUUUGGUCCCUUAAGGCCCAAUUAUUUAUCUUUAAAUUAUUAGUAUAUAAUUAUUGGGUAUAGUAUGUACUGUACUGUAUAUUGUAUGUUUACUCUGCGUAUUUCCAGGUGAAUGAUUCAUACCACAGGUUCAGAAGAUGUGCCUUUGAUGGCACCAACCCAGCAAUUAGGGUUGUAAAUUUAAGUUUAUUAUAAAGUUUGGUACCUUUAUUUACAAAAGAUAGACAAAAAAUACAUUUGACUAAAAUUGUAAUCUAAAUGAGCAAAAAAAACUUUUUCCCCAGUUACUGUUUUCUCUGUAACAGCAAAUAAGUUUGGAUUUUGUUUUAAGAAUAAACCAGAGGGACGGGACGGGAGCGAAAGCUACAAGCGGCACCUUUAAAGUACUACGCUUAUGGAUUAGUUCUUUAUCAUAGGAUUAAAACAACAAUUUAUUUAAAUGUUUUUUUCUACAUGGUGGUAUUUUAUUUGUACUGUUUUUGUUGAAUGAAUCGUAUUCGUCGUACUGUACGUACAUGUUCCUGCUUGUGUGGCUCCGAACGAAACUAAAAGUCAACACUGUUUUAUUUUCUUAUGAUAGUAAUAAUAACUAAAGUACUGUAGAACAAUAUUUUUCUUAACAAAACUGAGAUAUUAUUGAUUUCUUUCUACUUUUUUUUUGGAAAACGUGUUCUAAAAGAAACUUUGCCUCAUUCCAUAAGUGCAGACUUUUAAUUAACAAGGCUAAAGAGAAAAAGACACUUCAGAAGAAUCUAUCGAUAUAUAACACUGGCUUUAUCUUAGUAAUGUAAUAACAGAUGAAAUGAAUGUUUAUCGUCGUUACACUUUGUAUUUAACAAUGUCGUGAUCGUGGGAACGUCAACACCGCCGAGUCUGACGAUGAACAUGCGUAUAAACAACACGAUGAUUUUCAAACUUGUGUAAUAUAAAAUAAGCCUAAUGUGGACAAAAUAAAGAUAGAAAUAUAGGCUGUUUUUUCCCUUUAAUUUUUAAAUCAGCCUAAAAAACUUCUCAUUAAGAAGAAAUAAUUAAAUAAAUAAAACUGUUAUUUAAAGCACUGAUAUUAUAUUAUCGAGUCUGCAAAUGAAUAACUUAGUGGAGUCUGAAACAGCUAAAUUUCUACAUAUCAUAUCUACAUCUUUAGAUACUGACAUUUUUUUAAGAAAUCCACUGUGAGGAUCAACAAAUAUUUAAAAUAAAUAUUAAUGGCCUUUUCUCAUGAUACUGCAAUUGUACCUUCUGAAUCCUUCAACAAUUUGAAGGAUUAAAAACCCACUGUAUUUUUUUACAAAUAUUUUUCCAUCCAUUAUUUAUCUGGGAUUUUUCCAUCAUUACCUUUGGAUAUUUUAAGGGGUGUCCGAAAUGAUUCAUGAGUCAAAUUCACUCGAUUAUUUGAAUUUACGGACAUUUUGAUUGAAGCUGUAUUUUGUUAUUUAGAUUUUUGGCCCCAUGUUUUUUAUUUUAAUGUCUUAAUAGUUUUAGGUCUCUGCAGGUGCUCUGGUGUUAUAAAGGGAACAAUAAUAUCUGGUUUUGGAUUCAGGUGUUUUUUUUUUAAAUGAACAUCUUUACAUAGGUUUCAUAAAUGCAUUAAAGAUAUCGUGUAAGGGUUAUUUGUGAAGAUGAAAAUGAUAAGAUCACAUUCUUUAAAGUAAUAAAAAAAAUCUCAUCUCAGCUAGUGGAAUUUUUAUUUAAUACAACAAAAUUUAAAUAUUUAGUACACUGAUAGAAAACGUGUUUAUUUUGGACUUUAUCUAUACGUUAUUUUGUUAACUUGAGGUUUUUCUUUACGUCACGCUAUUCAGAUUUUAUGAGUUAUUGUCUAUUGUUUUUCUGCCGUCACAUUGUGAACAAACAGAAUGUCCGAGACGUGAGCAGCUUGAUUUCAGCUCAACAUCACACACUGUGUCUUACUAAAGAAUUUAGUAUUAAGCUUUUAUUCUAAUCUUUUUUUUUUUUCAGAAAACAUGUUGGACAGUCUGCGUGCCAUGAAAUAAUAGACUUGAAAUGUCUUUUCUUAAAACUUCGCAGUGCAUCCGUACGUAUUCACUAUACUUAUUGUCGGUUCCUCCAGGAUUUCAUGGAGGAUUCUUUUUUUUGUGUGAUUUUUGUUGCAGGUUUUUUCCAAAAAAAAUUGAAUGCAACUUUCUGGAGUUUUUUCUGCUUUCGUUUGCUGAAAUCUACUUGAAUUUAGCAAGAUUGCAAGCAUGUGAUUCUUCUUUUAAACCCCUACCAGUAAAGACACAGACUCUGUGAUUACUUUCCGUGAUGACUGUCAUUAUUUGUAACGCCACAAACAAAAAAAGACUUUGUCUUCGCCCCCAAAAAAAAUCUCAAGCUCCAAAAUUCAAGCAAUACUGAAGGCUUUGCUUCUGGGGUUGAUGCGAGAUUGUGGCUCUGAAGCAUAUAUAAAGGAAUUGUGUUGGAAAUUGAGCUGGAAAUACAUCCUGGAUGUUAAAACCAGUCUAUUGUGCACCCUCAUUCACACCUGGGGCAAUUUAGAGGUGGCAGUUUAUCUACUUGCAAAAGCUCAGGAAAAUAAGUAGAUAAAAAACACUGCAGUGUUGAGAACUCAUUCUCUUCCCCCUUUUUCUACUGGAUCUUACAACAGCGUUAAAGGCUUGAAUUUAAACAAAGUUCUCCAAAGCAAAGAUCAGAAAUGUCAGUCGGUGUGUAGGCGUUUAUUUGUGCUUUGUGCCUUUAGCACAGUUGGACAUCAUGAACUGCCAAGCUAAAUAUUAGUACAAAAUUCGAACGGAGUUCAUGAUUAAUCUCUGUAGAAGAAUGAAGUUCUACUUGCACUGAUUGACAUAUUAAAAUGUUUUUAUUGCAUGGAAAUGAAUAAAAUGCAGAAAAAUGUGUUAUUU